AUGGCGUCCGACAAGGUUCUGUCGAUGGAUGAGAUUGCCAAGCACAACACCAAGGAGGAUUGCUGGGUCGUCCUCUAUGGCAAGGCGUACGAUCUCACCAAGUUUGCCAAGGUCCAUCCUGGCGGAGCUAAGCUCAUCACGGACGCUGCUGGCAUGGAUGCGACGGCCAUCUUCGAUCCUAUCCACCCAAAGGACAUCAUGGACAAGCUUCUCAAACCCUCGCUGACCAUGGGCGUCGUGGAUGCCUCCACCAUCAAGCCGGAGCAUGUGGCCAAGCCUCCUGAGGCCCACAAGCCCAAGCCCAAGAAGAAGGCCGUCAAGGCGGAUGCUGCAGAGGAAGAAGUUGAGGAGUUCAAGAAGCCUCCUCUUGCGGCCAUGUUGAACUCCUUCGACUUCGAGUCCGUGGCCCGCGAGGUCAUGGAGCCUCAGGCUUGGGGAUACUACUCCAGCGGAGGCGAUGACGAGAUCACUCUCCGCGACAACCACUUGGCCUUCCAGCGCAUUACCAUGCGCCCGCGUAUCCUGGUGAACGUCCGGGAGAUUGACAUGACCACGAAGAUCCUGGGUGUGCCGGCCUCCCUGCCUCUCUACUUCACCGCCACGGCUUUGGCCAAGCUGGCCCACCAGGAAGGCGAGUUGGCUAUCGUGAAGGCCGCCAAGAAGGCGGGCGUGCCGUACAUGCUGCCCACCCUGAGCAGCUACACCCUGGACGAGAUGCUGGCGGCCCGCACGCCGGACCAGGUGGUCUUCAGCCAGCUGUACGUGAACCCGGAGCGGUCCCGCAGCGAGGAGUACGUGGCAAAGCUUGAGGCAGCAGGUGUGCAGGCGCUCUUCGUGACCGUGGAUGCUCCGCAGCUGGGUCGCCGCGAGAAGGACAUGCGCAACAAGUUCACCCAGCAGGGCUCCGACGUGCAGGGCGACGAUGAGGAUGAAGGUGCCGUGGACCGCUCGCAGGGCGCCACCCGAGCCAUCAGCAGCUACAUUGACCCUGGCCUCAACUGGGAGGACGUGCCAUGGCUCAAGAGCAUCACCAAGAUGAAGGUGUUGCUGAAGGGUGUGCAGUGCGCGGAGGAUGCCGUGAUGGCCUUCAAGUCUGGUCUCGCUGGCUGCGUGCUCUCCAACCACGGUGGCCGCCAGCUGGACACCUGCCGCCCGGGCAUCGAGGUCCUGCCGGAGGUCAUGGAGGCCGUCAAGGCCGAGGGCGCCACCAAGGACAACUUCGCGGUCUUCAUCGAUGGCGGCGUCCGCCGUGGCGGUGACGUCUUCAAGGCUGUUGCCCUGGGUGCGCAGGCCGUGGGUGUGGGCCGUCCG